GUCCGCAGAUACAAUUAGGAAAUUAUUUGCCUAUUGCAAAAUAUGAGUUUUGUCAUCUUGAGGAUCUUGCCAAAGAAGCUGUGUAUAGAUUGAAAAGUGGGGUUUAAGCAACUGUUUUGUGGGAUAUCACCAUAUAUUUCAACUUUUUCAGUACCCAUCACCAACACACGCUUGGAUAAAAAAUUAAGUUUUUGAAGAGGAACCGAAAUGCUUAAGAGAACUCUACCAAGCUUAAUCAAUUUGAUACAGUGAUAGGCUUUGCUGAUGCCCAGGGAAAGCAUAACAACCACAAUCAAAAUAUAAAUUGUUUUUGCGGAACUUAUUAUGAAACCACCUGUUCUUUCUAAAAUCAGUUGUUCAUUUUUGUGUUUAUCGAUUAUUAUCUAGAGAUGCGUUUUUCCUUUAUAGAAAUACAGUAAAUCACAUCAUCAGUAAUUUUUGUUGUUGUUGUUGCAUGUUUUGUUUGUUUAUGUUAUGUGCAAUUUAAGAAAGGGAAUAGAAAAAGAAACCCUUUAAAAAAUAUGUUGAAACAGUUAACUCUGCUAAAUAAAUACAAAUAUAUGACAAGUUAUUUAAUAUUCCUGCAAAAUAGCAAAGGAUACCAUCAAAGACGUUCAUUUUUCUCCAUCAAUAAUCUAAGCAAUAAAAAAAGAGAAUAUGUAAAAAAGGAACUGAUAGGCUAUUCCAUGCAAGAAAUGUACUCUGUUGUCGCCGAUGUUAAAAAUUAUUAUACGUUUGUCCCAUAUGUGAAAAAAUCCCGCGUACAUAGUCAUCACAAUUUUGGCUUUAAAGCUGAUUUAAUAGUUGGUUUUCCGCCAGUUAAUGAAGCCUAUACGUCACGCGUAACUCUAAAUUCGCCGCAUUUGGUAAUAUCGGAAUGCAAUGAUGGACGUUUAUUUAGUUAUUUAUUAAAUGAAUGGCGCUUUAGUUCCGGUCUUAAAGACAUACCACAAUCUUGCGUAUUAGACUUUAGAGUUGCCUUCGAAUUCAAAUCAUUAUUGCACAGUAAUAUAGCGAAUUUAUUUUUCGAUUUAAUUUGCGACCAGAUGGAAAGUGCUUUUCUUGAAGAAGCGCGUCGCCGCUUUGGUGAACCUUCAAUACGAUCACACAUACUUUAUCAUAAGCGUUCCUGACCUUGCCACUCAAAAGAUGAGGAAAGAUGAGAGCUAUAGCCUUUACUUCCAUACAGUUCGAGAUGAAAAAUAUUAUUGCAUAUAUUUAUACAGUUAUUUUUUAGUUGAUUAAUAUGUGCUACCAAUUAUUUU